AUGACUGAGUAUUAUGUAUUAAAGAAAAGUCUCCAAACCUUUGAAAAUUACGGCAAGACCCAAGAAAUCAGACAUCAACUCCUACAGGGAGACACCCAAGUGCUCAAGAAUAUCAUCACACUUCUCAUCACCAUUCUCAAAGAUCCCAAAACCGAUCCAAUCAUGAUGCUCCAAGCUGUCAGAUUUAGCAAAGACUGCAUGGAGACAUUCAAUGAUGAUUUCAUCAGUCAAUUCUAAUUGGAAGUCUUGCCGUAUUUUGAGUCAAUGGCCAUGUUUGAAUAUAAAAGCGAAGCCCAUGAUAGAGGCCAAUUCUACUUUAACAAAGAGCCCGAUCCCUACACAGCAAAACUCGGAAAUACAUUGUUGCAUUUGGUUUUGGAAUGCAUAUGGGUUUGGGCCAAAUGGUUUCCCAUGGAUCCAGACUGUCUGAAGGUGUCCUGCUAUAGAAUUACACUAGAAAAGUUAUGCAUUUUGGGAGUAAGAUUCAAUAAGAUCCUGUACUUCAACAAGCUAUUAAUUAAGCGUCACUUGCCAGAAUGUAUGGUACCAAUGAAAAUUAUUCAGGAAUUAAGAAGAGCUGUUAAAUUGGAUUUAUAAUAGACCUUUGGUAAUGGCAGUUCCAGUAUCAUUAUUCAACAAAGAUUGAGUCAACUCUUGCCUCAAGAAAUGGCCAGAGAUGAGAGUCAAGAAGUCUUUUAUUCUGAUAUGAUCAGGCGAUUAUACCGUCAGCAUCUAAAGAAUGAAAGGAAAUUGGCUCCAAAGAAGUCUGGACAGGAUGAAUCUUUUGUUUAUGUGCCUGAGGAAAAGGAAAACAACAUUCAAAAUCAGCAAAUGCUUCAACUGAAUGCCAUCAUCCAAAAAACCCAGACAGACUUCAUGUCAACCAUAAUUGAAAAAUAAGAGCUCCAAAAAUAACUCAGAGAGCAACAAGAAAAAUUAAAACUGAUGCAAUAAAGAAUAGAGAUCCAGGAUGAACGCUUGAAAUACUACGAAGGCGAUAGACCAUUCAGAUCCCAAUUUUACCAGUCUCGCUUUGUCUAGUCCAAUAAUCAAUCAGUCUAGCAAUCAUUUACCCAGCAACAACAGCAUUUUUGA